CUAAACUAGGACUUUAACGGAGCUCAUUGUUUUCAUUGUGUUUAUUUUUGUACUGCUUGAUUUUUACGCCGUUCGUGCUUGCUUUAACGGAACUCCGGUAUACCGAACCACCGGCCCAUUCCCCAUCUGCCAUUUCCCUCUUUUUAUCUGGGUGAUCCUGAGAUUCCUUUAUCUACUCAAGAUCUUGAAAGGAAGAAGAAAAAGGAAGAAAAGGCAAAAGAAAAAGAACUGAAAAAACAGAAGGCUGCGCUCAAAGCGGAAGCAGCUUAAACUUCAGACCCAACAACCAACUAGCACCUCUAAGAAGACGGAACGAAAGAAUAUAAAGAAGGAUGCAAAGGAAGAGGAUCCAAAUAAUUAUUUAGAUCCGAAGACGUUGCUUGGUGAGAAGAAGAAACUUUCUCGUUUGAUGGCAAAGCAAUAUUCACCAUCCGCAGUGGAGAAAUCAUGGUAUGGUUGGUGGGGAAAAUCUGGCUUUUUUGUGGCAGAGUCUAAUAGCUCAAAACUACCUUUUGUCAUUGUUCUUCCACCUCCAAAUGUCACUGGGGCACUUCAUAUUGGUCAUGCUCUUACAGCUGCAAUUGAGGACACGAUUAUACAUUGGCGAAGAAUGUCAGGAUUCAAUACAUUAUGGGUUCCUGGAAUGUACCAUGCUGGCAUAGCAACACAGUUUUCGUGGUUGGUUCUCAGCUCUGUUCAUGAAAAAAAUCAUGCGUGAAAGAAAACAAACUAGACAUGAUCUUGGCCAGGAAAAAUUUGAAUCAGAAGUAAGUUUUUUCCCAAUUUUUUAUGUAAGUAAAGUAACUUCCUCUGUCAAAGGGAUCAGAUUUAAUGCUUUUAUCUUUUGCAACAAGGUUUGGAACUGGAGAAAUGAGUAUGGUGGCAAAAUCUUGAAGCAGCAGCGUCACCUUGGUGCAUCAAUGGAUUGGUCCAGAGAGUGUUUUACGAUGGAUGAGAAACGAUCGAAUGCAGUAACAGAAGCAUUUGUAAGAUUGUACAAUGAGGGCCUUAUUUAUAGAUUCUGAAUGAGGAUGAUGGGGCUCCUGCUGGAUGUUCAGUAGAUGUUGUGAAUGCAAAUCUCUCUGUUUAUCUCAAACUUAAAGGUACAAUUAAUGCUGAAGUAGAGCGUGAGAAGCUGAGGAAGAAGGUGGAAGAAACAAAGAGG